GCGGAGCCCGGGAGGCGGAGCAGGAAAAAGGAUCUGGAUUUUUUACUAUCGUAUCCCACUAUUUCGCCACCUGGUCGCAGGACGCUAGUCUCGGAGAAGCGAGGAGGAACGAAGCAGCGCGGUUCCUCUCCAACUAGAAGAUGGCGUCGAAUGACUCCCGGCUCCAGCAGCAGCCAGCCCAGAAGGACGCGGCCGACCAAAACUUUGACUACAUGUUCAAGCUGCUGAUCAUCGGCAACAGCAGCGUGGGAAAAACUUCCUUCCUGUUCCGAUACGCCGACGACUCCUUCACCUCCGCUUUUGUGAGCACAGUGGGCAUUGACUUCAAGGUCAAGACCGUCUUCCGCAACGACAAGAGGAUCAAGCUGCAGAUCUGGGACACGGCAGGGCAGGAGCGUUAUCGCACCAUCACCACGGCCUACUACAGAGGAGCCAUGGGCUUCCUGCUGAUGUACGACAUUACCAACCAGGACUCCUUCAGUGCAGUUCAGGACUGGGCGACCCAGAUCAAGACGUAUUCAUGGGACAAUGCCCAGGUGAUCCUGGUGGGUAACAAAUGUGACCUGGAGGACGACAGGAUUGUGCCGACGGAGGACAGCCAGAGACUGGCAGAGGAGCUAGGUUUCCAGUUCUUCGAGGCCAGCGCCAAGGACAACAUCAACGUGAAGCAGGUGUUUGAGCGUCUAGUGGACGUCAUCUGUGAGAAAAUGAACGAGAGCAUGGAGGGAGACGUGAACCUCAUGUCCAACCAUAAGAGCCAGGGCCUCCAGGACUCCCCUCCGGAGAGCCACGGCGGCUGCGCGUGCUAAACCCCUCCGCCUUACACACGCCCCCCACCCCACCCCACCCCACCACCACCACCACCACACACACACACACACACAAACACAAACACACACACACACACACAUAUACUUGUGCACACAAAAGGCCAACCCCAUCUCCAUGCCUCAUCUAUGGAGGUGUUGUACCUCUCUUUAAUCCGGCCACACCCGCUUCUUCUCCCCCUCCUUCCCAAAGCCCGACGCAAACCAUGGGGCAGCUAGCUGAGGUAAUCGGUCGGCGCAUCCACACCCCUCUCUCUGACCAGCCAGGCAAUGUGGCCCCUUCUUUCUUUCCUCCCAAGGGCCCCAUUCUGUCUCUAUCUGUUACUAUCGCUCUUUGUCACACUCUCCCUGCCUCACAACACACACACACACACACACACACACGCACACACACCGUUGCAGAUGUUGCACUCUGUGGCCUUGACACAUUAGUUCUGCAGUGAGCAGAUAGUCCACUUGGGACCACCAUGUCCCCCCCCCGCCCCCUCCCCCAGAUCAACUGUCUUGACCACACGAAGUCCAUCUACUGCACCAAGAGCAUUUUAAACCGAUCCUAGGGAACCACUAUUUAUUGGCUUUACCUUCGUUUUUUGUUUUUUUUCGUUUUUUUUAAA